AUGAACGCAACAUACUCCGAUUUGAAUGUCACGCUCAACGAUGAACACACGCGGAACACCUCGCUCGAGGGAAGUUUAGGAAAUGAGCUGAACGCAACAACGAGAGCUGAGGAUUUUAUAGCAAGUUCCACGGACUCAGUAAUUCUUCGCGACGAAGUGCUUCUUUUGAUCACCAUUGUGUACGGAUUCAUGGUAAUUACUGGCGUCCUCGGAAAUAUCUUGGUUUGCGUGGUCAUCGCCAAGCAACCCGAAAUGCAAACAGCCACCAACUACUAUCUGUUCAGCCUUGCCAUCGCCGACGUCACAACUCUCUUGCUUGGUGCCUUUAACGAGCUGCACCAAUACUGGUAUGCAUAUCAAUGGAAAUUUGGCGUGACUGCGUGCAAGCUAAGCCUUUUUAUUCCCGAAGCCACUUCAAACGCGUCGGUGUUGACGAUAUUGGCUUUCUCUAUGGAACGGUACUUGGCCAUUUGCCAUCCCUUGGUGGCCUACACCAUGUCGGGUCUCAAACGAGCCCUUCACAUCAUCAUUGCAGUUUGGCUGAUAGGAUUCGUAUUUGCUCUUCCUUACGGUUUUGCCGCCCGCACUGGAAAUUUAUUCGAAGGUCAACCCGAUUAUGACAAUUUUUACAAAGAGAUUGUUCUAUGCGGCUUUUACAAUACAAACUUCUUGCUUGAGAUGCUACCAUAUGAUGAGUUGAUCAGCGUCAUCUUCUUUUUCAUCCCGAUGGCAAUUCUAAUUGUUCUUUACACGCGAAUCGGUCUGACAAUCAAACGACGCGUCAACGUGGGAGAAACUCCAACAGCACAAGCCUCAAAGAAGGCGGUUAUUAUAAUGCUUAUUGCCGUUGUCACGUGGUUUUUCAUUUGCUGGGCACCCCUGCACCUGAUCCGACUGUUCGACGAAUAUAUGUAUAAAUUUGGGCUGUAUGAUAAUCAGGAGUUGCUAAACAUCAUUAUCAAAUGUUCUUUCCUCUUCAAUGCUACAAUCAACCCGAUUCUUUACAACAUCAUGUCUGCGAAAUACCGAAAAGCAUUUAAGAACACCUUUUGCGGCUCAUCGUCCUCGGUUGGUAAUAACAGUGGAACACAAACCAACCUUGAAGCUUGAUUGAAAUUUGAUUGGAGACCACAGUGUAUGUAUUGUGUAUUUUCUUGUCAAGUUGAAAAGUUUCUCUGACCUAUUAGAUAAAAUGCAUGGAUUUGUGUGUCUACAAACACAUUCAAUCGUGUACUAUAGCAAUUAAAAUAAAUAUUAAUCAAUCUAAUCAAUAUUAAAAAAACGUACAACAAAAUGUAUCCGGCAGAGACGGUUUAAUAAAUGUAAUUUUGAUUGAAAAAAAACAUUAGUCACAUUUAGCAGCGUAAUUUUUUGUCAAAAUGAGUGUGUUUAACAAAUAAAUAAACGCAUUGCGAAAAUAAUUAGUAAUUAGUUG